AUGGAGAACGAGGACUACACGCUCGAAAGCGAGGGGUGCCGGGAGAGCCUCGAGAACUGCGAGUCUGUUAUUGAACAAUUCCAGACCUGCUCCAGACUUAACAUAUCAGAUGAUUUGAAAGUUGGCUUUUUCAGCACAGACCAUGCUACUCAAACGGAUUCCAGUGAAAUUUUGCCAUUAAAAGAUUUAAGCUCAUCUACACUAAAGCUAAUGCAGAUUAUUAAAUCCUUUCAGGUAGAUUUUGGGUUCCUGAAACAAUUGCUUCAAUUGAAGUUUGAGGACCGUCUUAAAGAGGAGUCUUUCAAUCUCUUUACUGCUCUACAUGACAGGAUCGUAAUGAUUGAAAAACAUUAUCAACAGAAUGAGGAUAACAUAAGAAAAUGCUACAAUCAGCAGUUGGCGGAUGCCAUAGCUAUUAUCAGAGGAAUGUACAGGGAAUUCUUUGAGGUGGAAGAAGAGUUGGCUUCUAUGCAUGACUCAGCUGCUGCCAAAAUAGCUAUUUUGUUUAAAAAACUAAAGGAAAAGAAAGAAUUGAUUAAGGAAUUAAAAGAAGAAUUAGAAAAAUAUGAAGAGUUUCGAUUUCAAAAAUCUGACUCUUUGACCUCAGAGAGCAGCUUUGAAAAAUCAACUCCAGAAAAGGAAAAUUUAGAGUUGAAAGUGGAAAAUGAGAGACUGCUUCAAGUCAUUUCAGUACUCGAAGAAGAAAUCCAACUCAGUCUACAAGAAAAUUCAGCAUUAGAAGAUGAAAUUAUAAGUCUGAAAGAGAAGGCAGAGAAGGAUAAUAAAACCAUUCGAACGUUAUUUGAUAGUAGAGACAAAUUAAGGCUUGAGCUUGAUGCUGAAAAAUUAUUAGUUCAAGAAAUGAUCAAUAAACAUAAUAAAGAAGAAAUGGAGAUGAGAAGAAAGCAAGAGAGCAUAAGUGUCAAGAGUGCAAGAUCAGCCGAUGGAAAAAAGGCCACUUUACUGCCACAGUCCUCCGGAGCCAGGAUUCCAUCCAGGACAAGAACCAUUUUGAGGCCACAUUCCGUCUCCAUUGGUUUAGUGCAUGCUAAGACCAAAAUAGUUAAGACUCCAGCAAAAUCUUUAAAGCGAGAGCACCUUAUGGCUGAAGAAAAACGUGGUUUGGAGAAGCAAAUAGAAAUAUUAAAGGCUAGUUUAGAGAAUGAGAAAAAAAAGGCAGAAAGGCAUAAAAGGGAGUCAGAACGGAUAAGCAAAAUCUGGGAAAAGAAAUUCUUUACUCUCAGGAACAGCUUUCAUGCCCUUAAGAAUGAGAUGUUUACCAGGCACACAUUGUUUCGUCAGUUUGCAGUGCUUGCUGAUACAUCCUUCAAUUAUGUUAAACUAAAACCUGUAUUUGUGCACUCUAAAAUGAACUUCGUGAUGGAUUCUACAUCUACUGGAACUGAUAAUCCUGCUUCUUUGAUACACGGCAAGUACUUGGACACAGGCAGUGAUCAGAAAUCCUUUCUGCCUUCAUUAAAAGAUAAGAAUAUUUGAUGUUGGAAAAGAGGUUCAAACACAGAAUGAAUAGGUACUCAGUCUAG